CUGGACGACUUAACCCGACGACGAAGAAACCUCCGGGUGUCGCGGGAAUCGGAAUUGGAAUCUUUUCGUCGAUCCACCGGGAGUGCCGAGUAUCGGAGGCUGGCGCCCCGGCCGAAUGUGGAGGCUGGAAAAAAUAGGCUAGAGUCUACUGACAGGGUGAUUAGGAGCGAUCUCCCUCGAAGAGUGAUUCGUCGACCCCGAAUUCAUCAUAGUUAUAUGUUUUGACUUCCGCGUCAGGAUAUCGCACGCUAUGGCGGGUACCAAAUCCGUCGCAAAUGUUGUGCAGAUAAAACCUGUCGAGGUCUCCCAGCAGCUUCAAGACGGUGAAAAAUUCGUAAAAUGGGACGAGGAUUCGGGAGUUGGUACACCAGUUACGCUGCGGGUGGAUAAAUAUGGCUUUUAUCUUCAUUGGGUAGAUCAAAAUAAUGAAAUGGACAUGCUUGAUAUUUCUACAAUACGGGAUACACGGACUGGAAAAUAUGCUAAGAUACCCAAAGAUCCGAAGUUGAAAUCUCUGGUAACGAUGGGCUCGCAAGACAGCCUGGAGGAAAAAACUGUAACUGUAUGUUACGGUUCUGACUUUGUCAAUGUGACGUUUAUUAAUUUUUGUACCACGCGAGCUGAAAUUGCAAGACAUUGGACUGAGCAGUUACUGAAACUGGCAUACAACUUGGCACAACUAAAUUCUAGUACAAUAAUGUUCUUACAAAAAGCGCACACAAAACUCUCUUUAACUGCUGACAAGUCUGGGAAAGUUGCGAUCAAAAACAUAAUAAAAAUGUUCACACAAAACAAGGAGGACCGUAAACGUGUUGAAAAAGCACUCGAUAUUUCUGGCAUGCCAACAGGCAAGAAUGACGCUAUAUCUUUGCAAAAGUUUCAAUUUGAAGAUUUUUUCAAUUUUUAUAAGUCUUUAACUCAACGGACUGAAGUUGAAAAAGUAUUCGACCACAUUGUGGGUACUUCAAAGCGUAAAUUAAUGUCGGCGGCACAGCUCGUGGAAUUUUUGAACAAAACCCAACGAGAUCCUCGCUUGAAUGAGAUCUUGUAUCCUUAUGCAAACACAGCACGAGCAAAAGACCUCAUCAACGAGUACGAACCCAGCAAGUGCAAUGCUGGGAGAGGACAACUUAGUUUUGAUGGUUUUCUCAGAUACUUAAUGAGUGAGGAUAAUCCCAUAAUGGCUGUUUCGAAACUCGACCUCUCUGAUGAUAUGGACCAGCCUCUGGCGCACUAUUUUAUCAAUUCGAGCCAUAACACUUAUCUGACUGGGCAUCAACUGACUGGAAAAAGUUCGGUUGAAAUCUAUCGGCAAUGUUUACUGGCUGGGUGUCGCUGUGUGGAAUUAGAUUUUUGGAAUGGCAGAUUUGACGAACCUAUGAUUGUUCACGGAUACACAUUUGUGCCUGAGAUAUAUGCUCGCGAUGUGAUCGAGGCGAUAGCCGAGAGUGCCUUCAAAACCUCGGAAUAUCCAGUUGUCCUCAGUUUCGAGAACCAUUGCAAUCCAAGACAACAGGCUAAAAUUGCACAAUAUUGCCGAGAAUACUUCGGUGAUAUGCUACUUGAUGCACCGCUCGAAUCUCACAAGCUGGAGCCUGGUCAAGAACUUCCACCACCUUCGUCACUGAAGCGAAAAAUAAUAAUAAAAAAUAAAAAAAAGCAUCAUCAUCACCACCAUCACAAAAAACACCACAAGAAGCAACAAGCUCAAUCACAGGAUUCUGGCGAGGGCUCACAGGAGACAGAUGAUAAUGUAUCUGUAAAUAACGGUGGGGCAGAAGGUGAAAGCGAACCACCGCCUGACAUCAUUCCACAAAACGAAGUGGUUGAUGGAGUUGUAGCAGUUGCUGCAGUCGAUCAGCAAAUGGAAAAUGGUGACCUUCCUCGUGCCCCAAUGCUGCAACAGAGACAAGGGAGUAAGGAUAGCACCCAAGACGACGAUGACGAAGAUGAAGAAUCUACUACUGAUGAAGAAGAGUCCAAUGUUGAGGACAUAAAAUUGAGAAUAGGUGACAAGAUCCCUGUGCCAGAUAAGGUGGCAACAGCUGCUACUGCGAAAGAAACUGAGGCAGGAGCAGAAAUAUCUGCACUUGUGAAUUAUGUGCAACCUGUACACUUUAGUAGCUUUGAAAAUGCUGAGAAAAAAAAUCGCAUGUACGAAAUGUCAUCAUUCGAUGAGAAACAAGCAACAACGCUAUUGAAAGAACGACCGUUAGAGUUCGUAAAUUACAACAAACAUCAGCUCUCUAGAGUGUAUCCUGCAGGGACAAGGUUUGAUUCUAGCAAUUUCAUGCCCCAAGUAUUUUGGAAUGCUGGCUGUCAACUGGUCGCAUUGAAUUACCAAACCUUAGAUCUUGCCAUGCAACUCAACUUGGGAAUUUUCGAGUACAACCAUCGUUGCGGAUUUCUCUUGAAACCGGAGUUUAUGAGGCGAAAAGACCGGCGAUUAGAUCCGUUUGCUGAGUCCACCGUCGAUGGCAUUAUAGCUGGAACGGUACACAUACACGUAAUUUCGGCACAGUUUCUAACGGACAAGAGGGUAGGUACUUACGUUGAAGUAGACAUGUACGGCUUACCAGCAGACACUGUGCGGAAGAAGUUUAGGACCAAAAUCGUACCGAAUAAUGGAAUCAACCCCGUGUAUGAUGAGGAACCGUUUGUGUUCAAAAAGGUUGUUUUGCCAGAACUUGCAUCGAUUCGAAUAGCUGCGUACGAAGAAUCAGGUCGGUUGAUCGGACAUCGAGUGCUUCCCGUGGUUGGUCUUUGUCCAGGAUAUAGGCACGUUGCAAUCCGAACCGAAUGCGGGCAACCACUGCCUUUGGCUAGCCUCUUCCUGCAUGUUAUUGUCAAAGACUAUGUUCCCGACGGCCUCUGUGACUUUGCCGAAGCCUUGGCUAAUCCGAUUAAAUACCAAAGUGAGUUGGAAAAAAGGACAAAUCAGUUGUCGGUGUUCACGGACGACCUUGAAGAACCUACGGAAGGUGAUGUGGAGGAUAAGGAUAAAGUUGGCAUGGGAGCAAGUAUCUCCAAACCAACAGAUGAAAUUGCGAAAGCAAAACGCCUACAAUCCGCUGGAGAAUUACCCGGAUCAUUACCCUUAUCCGGCAGUCCACACGGCCGACCAUCCAUAGCGGGAAUUUUAAAUUCACCUGAGGUUCAAGAACUAGAGGACAGCCUUGUUACACCUGCAUUACUACCAACGGAUACUUCUGUGACUAAGAGCCCUGUGAACAUGAGUACUGUAAAUGACGAGAUAAUAGCUGAAUCAUUCGAAAAGUUAAUGGAAAAUAAAUUGAUAAAAGACAAGAAAAUGGAGUUGGACAAAAAGCUGGAAUCUUUGAGAAAAAAACACGAAAAGGAAAAAAUGAGAUUGCAGUCACAGAAAGGAUCGCUCGAUGGUGAAAAGCACAAGUCCAAGUUUUACAUGAGCCAAAAGCUUGUCAAGCGACUGUCAAGUAAGAAUAUAUUCUCAAGUGAAGUGGGUUUGAGCACACAGCUGCUUGCUGAAACUUCUGAAUGUUCUGAGAUAGAGUCGCGCGAUGGUGUCGAAGGCAUCCCACGGGGAUUACCAAGGAGUCAGAGUGAAAGGUUGCUCACUGUUUGCAAAGAGCAUGUCUUACAGGAGCAAGAACUCCAAGAAAAAUAUCAUGAAAGUCUAUUUUCCACGUUAGAGAAAAUCAUGAAAACUUCCCAAUCUAAUCAACUGAAAACGCUCAAAGAAAAUCGACAGAGAGAACGCGAUGAUGCAAUGCGGAAAUUGCAGGCUAAAAGACACGAUCAGGUCAAGCAGCUUGCCAAGGUACAUAAGGAUAAAGGUGAACUGGACAGGGUAAAACGAGAACUGGCGAAAUCUACAGUUGAGAAAGGUGUUAACGAAUGUACUAAACUUAAAGAAAUUUAUGAGAAAAAACGGGCGGAACUCGAAAGACAACACGAAGAAGUCAGACAGAGGCUUGAGGAAGAGAGAGCUAAGGUGAAAGCAGCACUGCAAGCAGAGUACAGUAGUCGUUAUAGCAAAUUUGAGAGUGUUGAGUUCACUUUAUCACCAACUGGCGCUAGCAGUAUCCCUGAAUCCCUAAGUGGAAACACUAACUAAUGCUUUAGAACAUGUCAGCCAGAAUAACUCGUAGGCCUUGAAACUCACUUGCCGUGUUUAGACUGUCUAUCAGACGAUCUCCUGGUCUGAAGUUUUCUGUGUUUUGGGGACCUCGAUAGGCGUGCAGUUCAACACGUAAGUCUUCUCACUUGACUUUGACGAUUUUAACGCUCAUCACAUCCAGUUGUAGUAGAACUGAAGAGCUCAAAGAGUUUUGUUGCAAAACUUUUACACCAAACUAAGACAACCCGUUUGACUCAGAGAGCUUUUUUGAAGUAGUUACUACAUUACACUCGUGCACUAGAAUCUAUGUGCACCUUAUAUUUUUACUUUGGUAUUAAUUUAACUUAAUCAAUCCACGUGCAGUUCUUUCAAUAAUUCCUGAAGAGUAUAAUAGUUUCCGUAUCUACUAUGUACUAGUAAUUUCCUCAGACUUGAUUAACUGAAGUUCGUCAAUUGAUUAAAAUGCUAAGCUCAAAUUUAAGGGAAACUGAUCUGAAAGCAUAGCAUUUUUCAUUUCCUCACUUGGAAGGUGAUUGUGGUUAUUAUUUACACUUCAGUUCUUCUCAUACUGUAUUCACCUUCUACAUUAUACUUAUUUUAUCCUUACUACUCUUUUCUGGUUAAAAAUGUCUAGACUUCAGUUAAAGAAAAUGUGCGUACUACAUACCAAUAUGAACUUCUUCUAACGUUGAGCUAUUAUCGUACCUAAACGCCGUUGAUUAUAUUUUUCAAAACUAAUGACCGCUUGUUUGGAAGAUACUUAUUCAGCCGAUGCAUAGAUUGGUAAAUUUUUGUGAAUACACUUUCUUUCACUAUCGAGCGAGACCUGCAAGACCAGUAAACAAAUUAUAAUAAACUGAAAAUAUGAAAGCUAAUUCUAAAUAACUAUAAUCUCUUUAAAAAUAUCGAUUCAAUUUGUUGUUAUAUACAUAAGAUGUUACUCAGAAAACAAUUCUAAUCAUAUUUUUAACUAAUUAAUUUGUCGCUCGUAAAAGUAACCACCAAAAGAUCUGAGGUGUAUCAAUAUUGACACAAAUCUCUUUGGCCCUUAAACAAACCAAGGGCAUGUGCGAUUAUAACACAUUUAAUAUAUUUUUGACUGAAAGUAAUCAACGUAAAGACAUUUCUCAAGAACCUGUGUCAGCAGUGCUGGGACUGUUAUUAUAUUUGCAAAUUACCAGCUAGGCAUCAUAAAAAUAACAUCAUGGAAAAUGGUAGAUAUUUUUCCAAAAAUAUUAAAAAUUUUCAUGGUGUGAAGACAUUUUAAGAAACAAAAUUCAGAUCUAGCUGUCGUGACAAAAUCAAUAUUGUUCUAUUGAAGUAAAUGAUUGGCUUGAACACAACAACAUACAUAUAUUUUAUAUAUCCUAUUGAACAAGAUAAGUCACGAGGUAUUUCUUUAUUUGUUAUUGUUGUUAUGUGUUAUCAAAAAAUUGGAUGAUUUCUCACCCCAGCACUAUUGACGUGGACCAGGCUCUGUUUAAGAUUCGACCAAAGAAUGAACUUUGGUCGAAUCGCCUCUUUGAGGAAGACAAUCAAAAAUGUUACAUAGUAAACUGAACUGUAACAUUUUCCUUGUUGUUUCUAAUCAUAUAUAUAAGCGAAUCUUAUUAACUAUAAGCUAAACUUUUAAAUGUGUAAACUUCUUGUGAAACGUGUUAUUUAUUUUUAUUUAAAUUAUUGCCAACAUUAGUAUCAGAUUACGGACAUUAUAAAUAGGUAUGUUCACUUAUUACGUGGCAGCAAAUUUAAAUGGCGGUUGGACUUAGGUCAGGACAUGAUGAACAUUUCAAAAAAAGAUUUCAGUGAUAAUGAAAUUGAGACAUGCCCGAAUCCUCAUGGAGGAAUCCUCCUCUUUUUUCCUGUCUCACUGUACCUCUGAAUCUAACCGUCGAUAGAUAAUUUAAUGGAGACAUGUUGUGAUAUUAAAGGAUCUCAAAGCAAUCGGAGCAACGUGAACUAGUCGUUGUGAAAUAAACAUCAAAAGCUGAUUAGGUAAAUGCUAAAUGUUCACAUUGCGCGUAACAGAAGAUGCUUUAUAUUAAAAAUACACUGAGCCGCACAAACCAAUAGCAAACUGGUUUUCGAUAUGUCAGGGUGCUGAUUACUCUUUUUUUCUUGGAGUUCACCAAUACUUCAAUAUUUUAUUAUGAAUUAUGAACUUUGGAUACAAACAUUUUCUCCAAAAAUUUAAACGUUAGCCGCCAACACCUGCUUAUCUCGAGUAAGACAAAUCUAUUUUUUAUACGACAUAAAAUACGCAUUUUACACACAAGCCGCAAAAGAUUCAUUUGCAUAUCUGUUAUUACAUUUUUAACAUAUUUCAAGAUUAAAUACGCAGUAAACCUGUAGAAACCUGAUUGUUUAAAACAGAUUGAAGUACGUAUGCAUUUUUGUACUUUUCAAUUUGUCGUAAUGGAAAAAAAAUCGAAAAAAAAGAAUAAAUAACUUGAGAAAGUAGGUGUAAUGAUAAAGUUGUUGAAGAAUAAUAGUGUGUGAUUUAUAUUCAACAAUGAAUUUGACAAUGGGUCGGCAAUUUUGUAAAAUUUGUGCGGUUGACAAAUUCAACAAUUACUAUUGCCAUUUUGGAUGCAAUUAUUGGAUAGCAAAAGCACCUAUGAAUACCUGAUAAUAUUAGAUCUAAAUAAUAUCUGCAUACAUACAAAAGUAGAGGUACAUACCUUUAAAAACUUACAAAGGAGUUGCAUUUUAUAGAUAGUCAUUACUGUGAGAAAAAUGUGUGUGUUUUCCAAAUAGUGUAGGAUGAGUUGAUAUGAUAUAUAAUUCCAGGUAGCAGUGUCCAAACAAUGUUCCCAUUUUUUAGCAUUUAUUUUUAGCUUUUCAUGCCCUUCACCUAGUAACUAUUCUUAUUUCAUAUAGUUACGGAAUGUAAUUAUGUUUCAGCUCAUUGCCAUCUUGCCUGCAAAAAAUGGUGAUAUUUGUUGGACCGAUAGACCCGAAUGUAUUAUAUUGUUCAGUGCUAUGUGGAAAUUGGAAAAUAAAACUCGUGACUGAGCCCUCAAGUAAUGGUUCGAAUCGUGAGGGCCUUUUUGCAAAGUUUGAAUUUUUUUUAUUUCCAAAUUCCUGUAGCAUUGCACUGUAUGUAGAAGGAAUUAGUUACUAAUAGAACGCCUCUUCCAAACAGAACUUAUCCAUAGUGCAUUGUAACUAAAUUUAGUGAAUUCAUACCUUUAGUUAAAUGUAAAAUCAAUGUUCAUAGAAACGGUAUUAAUAUAUAUAUGUAUAUCUGCAGUUUUAGGUAGCUGGAAAUAUUAUAGCGCAACGUUAUAUGUGACAUAAGUAUAUUUAUAAAUGCACAAAAAUUGCAUUAGUUAGUUUAAUCACUCUACGCAUCGCUAUCCAAUUGGGUGUGAAGAAAACAGAAAACGAAGAUCAGAGUUUGACUAACCAUAACUUACCUAUGAUUGGAGAGUAUGAGUCUGGGUCUGAGGUUUACAGGUGCACAAUAAGGGCGUUAAUCUAAGGACUUGCGUUUAUUACAGGCGUGUAUGCACUGGUCAAUGGCAUUACAAUGGAAUUAUCGUCAACGGCGCUGGCUUACAGGUAGCGCUCUAUUAUCAUGAGAGCUUGGCGCAAUAUGGAAAUGAUUCAUAUUGUAAUAGAUUUUUUUUACUAUUUAUUGCCACCAGCUCAUGCCGAUACAAUUAUUAACUUAUUUUGCUGCAUCGGACAAAAAAUCACAAUCAAGGCUACUCCUGCUACUUUUAAACUUUAUUCUGUUGUCUUCAAACAAAAACUGAAACAAUCUCGUCAUACUGUCCUGCCAGAUGGUGGCAUUUAGUUCAGACUGGAGUAGCCAAGAAUGAGUCGUAGUCGCAAAGUACUUUUGUACUAACCAAGAAUGAUUAUAUGAUUUUUAUUAGAUAGAGAUAGAGUAAUUUGAGUAUUUGGUUUGAAAAACUAAGCUUCAUAUGAUUACAUUAUUAAUGGUACAAAUUUCUUUACUUUAUAUUGGUGAGAGUGAUCCAAGAUCUUCCAUUAAAUCAUAGUGAUAAGUGUAUAUUAUUUUGAUUUUCACUUAUCUAUGACUUUUGUCUAUUUAAUUGAAAUCAAAGCAAUGAAUUUAUUUAUAUUUAGCCAAUACACCUUCAGCUUAUUGAUAUAGUUUGCUGCCCUGUCCUUGCAAAAGUAAAAUUUCCAUUUUCUUUCACAUUAACCGGACUCAGAAUAGGUUUACAAUCGUUAUUUUAUGUUUAAGAUACAAGUCACCAUUUAGGACAGAAUAUUUACCCUGGGAAAAAGCGAUGCAUAGAUUCGAAGUAGGCUAAUCAGGCUCAGUAGCUGAGAACUGGGCACACAAUAAGAGGCUAUUUGUUGAGGGCGAUGAAAUCUUUGAUUGCUUUUAUAUUAUGAUUAUGUUUGUGACCAGUGCUCAGAUUCUGCAUUUUUAUCCCAGUAACCAUACAUAAUAUAUUGUAUAUUAGCUUGAAACCUCCUUCCCUCAUAUUUAUAUAUACAAAAUAAUGAUACAAAUACUAUAUCCAUGUUGAAAUAUUAUGUGUUGUUGCUGUUGAUGUUGUUAUCAUAACAUAAUGUAAUAAUUGUUCGUAGCAGUAAUAAGAUAGCAUCGAUUUACAAAGUUAAAUAUAUAUAUAUAUAUGCGUUACUUUAGAGUUAUCUGUAGAACCAGUAUAAUUGAAGCACCGCAUUAUCCCGUAUCGUGCGCAUACUGAUUGUCGAGCCAAGCGCUGUCGGAGGCUUCUAGUCGGUGGAGAUUUUUCCAGAUAUUCAAAUACGCGAUCACGCUAUCGCUCGACAAAUCGUUUCUUGACACAGUGAUGCGUAGGCAGUCUUCCUAAAAACUGACAAAUUUGCUGGUAUCAAAAAUUAUCUUGUUUGAUAGAAGCAUAUUUUGUCGAAUGAUUCACUAUGAUUUCGCUUAUUUUAGUGACUUUAAAAAUACCGCGACCUAAAAUGUAAUUGUUUGGUCGAAGUGAAUGAUCAAUCGAAUAUUUUGGUUUUUUUGUUUGUUUCAGUAUGCCCCGCACUUAAGUGAUUAGAUCUAUCAUUAGGAUAGAAGAUAAAUGCAUCUGUAUUCAGAUACCAUUAUUUUUAUUUCUCUAGCUGUUAUAUUGUAACUAUGAGAUUUCCGAAACUUAGGCACUAUGAAUUGUCAACCUGCAACGCUCACUACAACGCUUAUUGAAUCUUCCAAAAUAGAAAAAAAAUGGGAAAGAAAAAAACUUGUUAUUUAUUUUUUACAGCUUACACAUAGUUAUAUUUUAGCUGGCAUUUGUCGUUUAGUUGCUAUUUGGCUUCCUUAGGCUUGUAAUGCGACACUUGUUUGUUAGUAUGUCUUAGCUUUGACAUUGGAGAUACAGGGUAUUCAGAAAAAUUAAAAUGCACAUUUUAUAACUAUAAGUUAUGUAUAUGCCAUAAAAUAAUUAACACCAUAAGCCGUUACAGAAUGAAUUUAUUAGUUAGAAUUUUAUUACAUGGCGUUUCACAUUUUUGCUGUCAGUAAUUGCUUUGGAUGACUACAGCAGGUAAAUUGAUAGACAGACGUACACUUAUAAAUAUAUGUACGUUUAGUAUACCUAGACCUAGUAGCGAUUUGUUUUUUCUGGAAACUCUGUAGAUAAUCUAAACCACGGUGUUGGUUAUCAAUGUGGGGUGUAUGCAUAGAAUAGUAAGUCCACGAUAUUAACGGUUGUCGAAUAGACAAAACAAAUAUCUGGGAAAAAGGAGAAAGUGUAGUUAACGGCCUACAGAUAAAUCGUAGCUCCCUGGCCCUGUGACAUUUUAACAAAGAUUCACAAUCUUCCUGUCUUGAAAAGUUACGUCAUAUUAUAUCGAUAAGUUUUCGUACAACGAUUCUUUGUACCUGAACAAUUCACUCUUGAUUUUCUGGAUCAGUCCAUCGAUAUCGAUUGAUAGACCAUCUCAACUCUGUCGUGUUGAUUUUCAAACAACUACAGCACGUUGGAAGUCAAUUUUAUUUGACAGAGAUGAUGGAAUUGCUCACGCUCAAUUCACAAAGAGUACUUUCUUUAUUAAAAUAUGAACUACAUGUAUAUCUAAUCCUCAGUUGUUUAUUGAUGUUGAAUAUCAUAAGACAAAACCAAAGUUACUAUGCCACAAUAUAUUGUAUAUUAAACUAAUGUAUGCGUUUUUCAAUGAUAGAACGACGACGAUAAUGAACGGUUGAACUUUGUUUUCAAUAAAUGUCGUGGGCCAGGUAUCAUGUGUUAAAAUAAAUUUAAAAACAUUAUUAUUAUUAUAUAACUAAGUAAUUCAGCAAAGGCUUAUCGGAUACGUGCAAUCUUGGGAACCAUCCUUAUUUCUUGAUGUUAUUUCUACUUUUGUUAGGUCCUUUUCUUUUUCUUUUUAUGUUCAUUUACCUGUUUUUUUGCGAGAGGAUAUUAUACAUUGUUACACACAGAUAGAUUUAUUAUCCACUAUUUCACUGUAUACAUCAUCGUACAUGUACCGGAUGUCUCGAGUCGAUGAUCAGGAUGUCAUGGUCAUACUUCCGAUCGACAUCCAUAUGUACAUAAUGAAAAAAAUAAAAUAUAAGUUGAAGACUUUCGGAAUGAAAGUUUUUUUUUUAACUUUUCUGUUUUGUGACACUGAAAGAAUCAACGCUUCAGAGAUUUGAGCUCGAUUUUAUUCUCAAUCCUUACAUGGGACAUUAGGAGAAUAUUAAAAGAUCAAUAAUUCUAAUGUAAUUCAUUACACUGUGUUAAUCAUUAUCACAACAUUCGUCAAACGAUCACGACUUCCGUCUUCCCCAUGAUUAUAGAGUUAGAUAAGUUACAUUACAUUUUUUUGGUUACCAUAAUUUAUUCAAUUUAUCCAUAAUUAUUAGCUAUGUAUCUUCGAUUAUUUACAACGAAUGUUACUGUUCAAUUGUUAUGUGAUAACCCGGACAUAGAUGUAUGUAAUUUAAAAAAUAUCUUACAUAAAACAUAUAAAACAAUAUUGUAAAAUUUGUCGCAACUAUGUAAAUUUGAUGUUUUAUUAUCCAAUACUCAACCAUAAAAAUUGUUGAAUAAUUUUUUUAACUUAUACUGUCUGCAUCGCUGUACAAUUAUAUUUAUGUAUUUAUAUUUAUUAUACCGCAGAUUUUAUUUUAUACAUCUUUCAAUAUUAACAAUAACAUUGAUAAUGACGACGGUGAUGAAAAUUAUAAUUAUUUCAAGAAUGAUAAUAAUAAUAAUUACUAUAAUUACUUGUAUUCAUAUUUUGAUUUUGAUUUUGAUUCUGAUUAAUUUUAUUUACUCUUUACCCCAAUUAUAUUGAUCUGUUGUGAACGACCUAUAUCAGCAGAUCGAUAUUAUCUUCCAUCAUCCUUGACACUAACGUUUACGCGCUUUAAUUAUAUCACAUUAUUCGAAUCAUUUUCAAAUUUUUUGGUAAACCCACAUACGUACGAUUCUUUAUCAGUACACCCAUUUAUGAAUGUUAAUUUUUGCGCAUAAUACCCUUGUUGAUUUAUAUCAUAACUCUACAUCGAUAUCUACGAUCAUAUACAUAUUUCACACUGAAAGUACUUUAAAUAAUAAUGAAAAAUGUUGUCACAUACACGUAUAGGUAUGUGAUAUUGAUAAUACCAAACUAUAUACUUCUAUAUUUUCUAUAAGCAUUUGUCACGGCAAAAUAAUUAGCUAACUGUUUUUUCUCAUAAUUAUGUUCAAUUUUCUGCUAAAAAUUUUAAACAUUUAGUGACAAUAUUUAAAUCGUUAAAAAAUUUACAAAAAACUAAUUUUACGUAAAACUUGCUACCAUGAGAAAUGAAACGUAAAUCAAUGAAUAAUAAAUUCGAUUGCAAUGCAGUUCAUAAUUUGUAUCUGGUUGAGUUUUCACCUCUAUAAUUAUAUAAUUAGGUUCGUCAGCUCUAAUAAUAUAUGAAAUUUCUUUCUCUAACUCACUCGUGCCUUGCCCUAAAAGUCAUCCUUCGCCGUAUUAUUGUAUAAUUUACAAAGAAACGAAAAAAAAAGAAACUUUUUUGUUAUCCUAGUUUUCAUUUAGUUUUAAAAAUUAUUUCAUUUAACAUGAAUGUAAUCGAUGUUCGAUGUUGCUUACAACCAGGAUAACAAUAUGAAACACGUACCAUAAUACUAUAUUUGAAAUAUUGAUAACAAUAACAAUAAUUACCUUAAUAACGAUGGUGUAGCUAUACGAAAGAUAGUAACAACAAUAAAGGAAUAAUAAUUUGGUUAUGAAUAAUAGUGAGUAAUGUAAAAAUAUUAUCCCUGUAUAUGAGGAUUAGUUGGUAUGGUUGGUAAGGCAUGUUGCGUAAUAUAAUGAUGAGUAUUGAAUAGCGAUAAUAUCAUGAAGAGUACAUGACCAUGAGUUUACCUAAUAAAUGCUUUGAACAUGGAAAAUUUUCAUUUCCCAUAAUUGCAGCGGCAAACGAUCGAAGUUGAAAGAAUAAUGAAUAAAAUAAAUUAAUUUGAUCUUCAAGAAUAAAGGUCGGGCUAUCUUAUAGAACUGUAAUUUUAUCUAAUAUUGUUGAAAAUGACGUGAAUGGUUGUGUACUACUUGCAGCCUAUGUUAUAUUUAUAUCUAUUCACAUACCGAUACAUGUAUCCACCUACCUGUGUAUAUAAGGCAUUCCACGUCGCUUGAUCGAUGAUUUUCUCUCGCCUCUUCUGACCGGAUUAAUAAUGAUUUGAAUAUCGUUUGCCUUAUUUUAAUUUCUCGAAAAAUCGAAUUAAAUGAAUUUUUUUUAUACACCUAUGUAUCGUAUAGACAAGGUAAAUGUGAAAGACAGAUUUGUUCGUCUGAAAUGAUCGUCUUUGAGGGAAUAAUUGAUACUUGAUGUUUCUUGUCAGAAGAAUCGGAUAAAAAUUCGGAUAAACUUUUUAUAGCGAGGAGUAGGUCAUAGCAAUCAAUAGCAGGGGUAAAUCGUUGGUCGACUUGUCGUGGGAUGUCCUAUGUAUGUAUAUCGGUGAGUGUCGUAUACCUUUAAUGAAUUAGUAUGUAGUUUUGAUAUUCUUCCCGAGAGGUAUAUCUGUAAACCAAAAUCAAUUGUACGACAUACUGUAAUGUAUAAUAAUAUAAUACUGAUUCGAGUACAGCUGUCGUUUUAUCCUAUAGGAGUUCAGAAUUAUAAGGAAAGAAAAAAUUUUUAGUGAUAUACUGCAUUGAUUGCGUACACAGAGACGUAUAGUAAUAUACCUAAUACAUGUAUAAUUAGAAUGAUUAGAGUUGCGCUGCUUCCAGUAUAAUAUAUAACACAUAUUAUACAAAAUAUGAAUAUAAAUACUUUGUGAAUUUUGGCACGUUGGCAUUCGCGAGAUAGGUGAUCGUAGCGAAUUGUUGGAGAAAUUGUGUUCUGUUUUUCUCAUAGACGAAUCGAAAAAGGAUAUACUAAAGAUAAUUUGAGUUAUUGUAAUGUACUUGAUGUAACGAAACGCGUUUGUCACCGUGCCGUAAUUUGGUCGGUGUUCAAAAGUGUAUGUGUAUAAUCUAUACCUACAUCAUAGAUAUAUUGAACAUCUAUGCCUACAUACUUAAAAUUAAAUACAAUAAAGCUGAACCUAAAGUUAUAAAAAGGUA